AUGUUGCGGAAGAUAUUGGUAAGAGAGAUGUUAAGUCCAACAAAUCUUGAUAGUACAUUCGCUUUACGAAGAGAAGAGGUAAGGAACACUAUUAGAAAUGUGUAUGACAAAGAAGGCUCCCCUAUAGAUUUAGGGGACCUAGUAUUUAUAAUUGUGAUAAAUGCCAUCAUGAACAUGUUGUGGGGUGGCACGCUACGUGGAGAGGAAUGGGCUAAGUUUGGAGCAGAGUUUAAGCAUAUCUUUGUAGAAUUAUUGAUGAUUCUCGGAAAACCAAAUGUUUCAGACUUUUUCCCAGCUUUAGCAAGUUUUGAUUUACAAUGGAUCAAAAGGAAAGCAAAGAGAAUUUUUGAAACCAUUGAUGGAGUACUUGAUUAUGCCAUGGACAAACAGAUCAAGAGUUUAGCCAAAGCCAAAAAAGAGAGAACGACAAAGACAGGACGAAUGGACUUUUUGCAAGUUCUCUUGGAACUAAGGGAGCAGGACGAUAGUACACCAUCAAUGAGCAUGACCCAACUCAAGGCCGUGGUUUUGGACAUAGUGGUGGCUGGAUCUGACACCACAACAACUAUGUCGGAAUGGGUGAUGGCAAGGCUAUUAAAGCAUCCAGAUAUAAUGAGAAAGGUCACUGAAAAAUUAACAGAAAUUGUGGAGUUGGACAACUUAGUUGAAGAAUCUCAUUUACGCAAAUUACAUUAUUUAGAAGCAGUUAUUAAAGAGACGUUCCGUUUACACCCACCUGGUCCUUUCCUAUUGCUUCGUUCUCCAAGUGAAUCUAACAUCAUUGGAGGGUACCAUGUACCCAAAGGUUCUAGUAUUUUCCUCCAUGCUUGGGCUAUACAAAGGGAUCAAAAGUAUUGGGACAAUCCAUUGGAAUUUAAACAUGAGAGAUUUCUAAAUAAUGCUUAUGGUAGAUUUGAUUAUUCGGGCAAUAAUCUUAAGUAUUUUCCAUUUGGGUUAGGGAGAAGAAUAUGCACAAGGCUUAAACUAGGGGAGAGGACACUCAAAUACAUCUUGGCGUCAUUUUUGCAUUCCUAUGAGUGGAAAUUGCCACAAGGUUCAGAGAUAGAAUUUUUUGACAUUUUCAGUGUUGUUACCAAGAAGAAGAAUCCAACCAUUGCAAUUCCAACUCCAAGGUUAUCCAAGUUUGAGCUCUAUACAUGA